GCGCCAUCAUGGUGGGCAGAGGGGCGUCCCGCGUACCGGAGCGGUGGACCGACUACGUCCCGCUGGGGAGGAGGAUGCCGGGCACCCGCUUCAUCGCCUUCAAGGUCCCCUGAAGAAGCUUUGAUCAGAACCUUCAUCCAGAGGAGAGAUUUUCGCCUCGUGACCUCAUUAAGAAAAUCAAAGAGCAGAAGGAAGAACUGGGCCUGAUCAUUGACCUGACGUACACAACUCGCUACUACGGGCCAGAGGAGCUCCCAGCCACACUCUGCUACUCAAAGAUCUUGACAAUGGGACACGAAAUACCAAACAGGCACACCAUUUUUCAAUUCAAAUGCGUUGUAAAAAAGUUUUUGAGAGACAAUAAAGACAACGAUAAACUCAUCGGAGUUCAUUGCACGCAUGGCUUAAACAGAACUGGCUACCUGGUUUGUAGGUACCUCAUUGACGUUGAAGGCAUGGAGCCAAAUACUGCAAUAGAGUUGUUCAACAGGGCUCGAGGGCAUCCUAUAGAGAGAACCAACUAUAUCCAAGAUCUUCAGAAGAGAUCUGUAAAAAAGAACUGUGGACUAAACAAUUUGGGCUCGGGCCCCUUCAAAGAAAAAGCCGGUGAUACGCUGAACACUAAAAAGCAGAUGGCCAAACAUCAUCCGCAUCAUUCGAACCAAUCCCCCUUAGCGGUGCCCAGAAACUCCGGCAGCGCCAAGAAGAACCGUAGGCGAGGCGCCAAGGCGCAGGCACGACACCAGGAGCUGGCGCACGAGCACAGAGCGAUGGAGCAAAGGCGACCGUGCAGUUUGGCAGCGAGGAACUGUUGGGUUUCGUUGCCCGCUAAGGAGCAGCGCAAUGGACUGUGCUUCCCCCCGCAGAGCCCUUACCUCUGCCCACCCCAGGAAACACAAGCGGCCAGGAAACGCAGGCGCCGGCGUAGGAAACCCGUUGUGAUGGCGUAGGGAAUGUUGUAUGCAACGAAAGCCCGUCCAGGGCUGCAUCUUCACCCUGGAGGAGCUCCGAGAUGGGUCUCUUGCCGCUUGAACGAGCGGCUUUGCUGUAACCUCCACCAGCAGUUGGGAACUGCAAAUGCAGGUGUUCUUAAUGUUAACACAGCUCUCUUUUUUUUUUUUUUUAAAUUUUUUCUCAUCCCACCCCUCCUUGGUACUUUUAUAAAUCUCACCGAAAUUUUUUUAAUCCUGUGUCCUACCGGAGUCAUAGCUCCGCUCCUUGAGGGAUGCGGAGAAUAAACGUGGACCCAAACGGAGCUGGUAUAAUCCUAAAGAAACAUCCUCAGGAGCAUCCCUUUAACCUUCAACAAAAAGGGCUUUUUCUUGAUUUCCUCAAUACAUAACAAGAAAUAAGAUUUGGCCUGAAACUAGAUGAUUUUUUUCUUUUUCUUUUCACCCACUUUUGCUGAAGUAAAUUUCUGUGGUGCGUAAAGCUCGA